UUUUUUUUUAAUCUUAUGCAUUUAAAAAAAUGUAUUACAGGUGGAAAGCCUAAAACUACUCAUUUGACUGAUGAAGAACUGGCUGAUGUUAUAGAUGUUGCUGAAUAUCGAACUCGGUUACAACAAGUGACUGAAAAAUUAAAAGAAGAUUUUAGCGAACAUCUUUCAUUGCGCUCUUCUGCUAGUGGCAUUGAAAAUCUUUUAGUUAAGAUUGAAAAUGAGGAAUUUCCUUUGAAUGAACUUGCUCGAAUAUCAAAGAAAAAUCCAAAUCUGAUUGCUAUAAAUAUGUCAGAUUUUCCUGAGGGGUUAAAACCAGCAAUUCAAGCUAUUACUGACUCAGGAAGUGGGAUGAAUCCACAGCAGGAAGGAACUAUGAUUUAUCUGUCAAUUCCAAAGCUAUCAAGAGAGCACCGUGAGAAUUUGGCUAAGAAUGCUAAGGCUUUAGCUGUGAAAGCAAAAGAGGAAGUUAGAUCCAUACAAAAUCAAUAUGUAAAAGAAGCUAAGAAUAAAACAGAUUUGUCUGAAGAUUUAAUAUUCAAUGCUACCCAUCAGAUUAUGGCAGUAGCUGAGAAGUGCACCACAGAAUUGGAAAAAAUAAUGAAACUGAAGCAAAAGGAACUUCUUGGUGAAAGCUGAAAUCCACAAAUUUUCUUUCUUGUAUAUUUGUUAAAAUUUUUAGAAUAAAUUGCUUAGUGUUAUA